AGGGGUGAGUUUUUACCUUAGCGUGAGAGGCUGGGGUUGGACCUUUGUGAGCAGAGUUGAGGUUAGACUUCAGAAGGAACCGAAACACAGGAGGCCGGCUGACUCUCCCUGGAGAAUGAACUUUGGGACGCCUCUGUCCGCCUCCCUUGGUCCCGCCUGGCUGCCCUUCACUCCCUCCACCAGGAGCUCCUCAAGCGGCUGGCUCACUCUGGACCCUGCUACUUCCUGCUCCCUGUGGCCACUGCUUAGAGGCUAUGGAGCGGUGGAAGCAGUUGAGGCAGGCCAGGCUUGUAUCCCUGGAACUGGGCCCACCCCCGAGGGCCCUGAGGGAGGUCCCCCCAGCGGAGAGGCCUGGCCAGACCCUUGUGUUCCCAGGAACAGACACUGGAGAUGCCCGGGAGAGGCUGCUGUGGAUCUGGGAGGAGCUGGGGAACCUCCGCAGAGUGGAUAUCCAGCUGCUGGACCAGCUGUGCAGCCUGGCGCAGGAGAUGGGGGCGCUGCGGGAGGAACUGGAAGAGGAGGAGGAGGAGAGCAGUGAGGCAGAUGAGGAUGAAGAGCCUACGAGGAAGCAGGAGGAAGACUUGGGGGCCUUCUGCCCAGCCACCUGCCUCCCUGACUUUGAGAUAACUAUCUGACGUCCUGCCAGUGUGUUUUCAAUGAGGUGACGUUUAUGCAAAGAAGAGGGUGGGAUCUGCGGGUCAAAUCAAGGUUUGAAAUCAACACCUGUUCCUUGAGCAAGUGCUUUCUCUGCAGGGGUCUUGGAUGAGAGCAUUGGCCUGUGAGCUCUGGCCAUGUUUCCAGGUGAUGUGGAAAGUUCUGCAGAGGAGUUGUAGGUGUAUUUGCAGAUAAGCCAUGAGCGUGUUGUGUGUUGUGGGUGAUACACAGAGGUUUGCAGCUGAGAAACUGAUGUUUGCCUGGGAGAUGGGACUCUUUGCAAAUAUGAUACAGAUUCUUGCAAAUGAGGUUUUAGAUCAACCCUGUCCAAUAUGGUGGCCACCAGCCACGUGAUAGUGAGCCCUCGAAACAUGGCUAGUCUGAAUUGAGAUGUGUCAUAAGUAUAAAAGACGCCAAUUUCAGGCGGUUAGUAUGAUAACAAGAAUGUAAAACAUUUCAAUAAUGUUUUUAUUAAUCACCUGUUGAAAUGAUAACAUUUUGUGUAUAUGAGAUAAAAUCAAAAUUAUAUAAAUGAAUUUCAUCCAUUUUUUUUCACUGUUUAAAUA